GAGUCUUGGACGAUUCUAGUAACAUCGCAGUCGAAUCACGUCGGCUGGGCAGGAUUAUAGACUCCUAAUUCUGCCAUAUCAGUAAUCCUGCUUGUGUCAUCACUCGGAACUGGUCUUAUUAUACGAGUAUCCUCAUUAGAGCCUGAAUUCAGCCGCGUUCGCCUACCCCUGUAUGUAUAUCAGCGGUACAUUAUAUCAGUCGCCCACCGUCCGAAUGUGCUAAAUGAAAUGCUAUCAUCUUCAAUACUUAAUGAAAGACGAUCAGAUCCCGGGAACCUGAGGAAUUCGCUGAGAUAAUGCCUCGAUUCUCGCAAGUGGCCUUUGGUCUACAAGGUCUUGCCUUACUCCUCAAUGGCGUUGCGAUGAUCGUAGCCCCCAGCGCUGUUACUCCGUCUCUCUCAAACGCGCCUCACGAUAUUGUGACUGUCUUGGGUCUGUCCACUCUCACUCUGGGAGUAUGCCAGACGGUCGUGUCGGUACGACAUCAGGUAGUUUUGCGCGAGCUACUAAUGUGGUCGGUGCCGCUUCGAGGACUGGCGGCAGUGGUGCUACUCAAGCAGGGGCACGAGUGGAGGGGCGUCGCUGC